ACCGAAGAUAACUUGCUUGGGCGCCAUUUUAUCGACAUACGCGAGGUUGUCGCGUUGAUCCCGGUUGUUUUAUUCGUUCGGCGAACGGUACGUUCCAUCUGCGCUCUGCAUUGGAGUAAUUUUUACCGGCUUUCGAAGAGAUGACUCAAUUCCUACCACCGAAUUUGCUGGCAUUGUUCGCGCCGCGCGACCCGAUCCCGUAUCUGCCACCGGCUAGCAAACUCCCGCACGAGAAGAAGGUCGGCGGUUACAUUGGAGUCGGGUCGUUUCUCAAAUGCUUCGAGGAUCCGAAGGAAACACCACCACCGGUACGUGUGGAGACUCGAGAGGAACGUCUCGAACGUAGGCGAAGGGAACGCGCGGAGCAAGUUGCUUACAAACUUGAGCAGGAGAUUGCGGUGUGGGACCCAGCCGGUAUUUCUAAUGUAACGGCGGAUCCCUUCAAGACUCUCUUUGUAGCUCGUAUUAACUAUGAUACUUCAGAAUCUAAGCUUAGAAGAGAAUUUGAGGUAUACGGACCGGUAAAAAAGAUUGUGGUAAUACAUAAUACAAUUAAUGGCAAGCCUCGAGGAUAUGCUUUCAUUGAAUAUGAGCACGAACGAGAUAUGCACUCGUGGUGGCCGCUGCCGGCAACUAGUGCCGUUCACUAUUCCAUGCAAUCCCUGAACCUGCCUGAUAUGAUAGCUGCUUAUAAGCAUGCGGAUGGUAAGAAAAUAGAUGGUCGCAGAGUAUUGGUCGAUGUCGAGCGCGCGAGAACGGUAAAGGGCUGGCUGCCACGGAGACUCGGUGGUGGUUUAGGCGGCACCCGCCGGGGAGGCCCCGACGUCAACAUCAAGCACUCGGGCCGGGAGGACAACGAGAGGGAACGGGAGCGAUACCGUCUGGAACGUGAGAGAGAAACCUCGGGACGUGGCCUCGACAGAGACAGGGAUCGCGACCGGCUGGACAGAGAACGCCGGAGAUCGCGCGAUCGCAAGCGCAGAAGCAGGAGUAGAUCGCGCGACCGCAAGCGCAGGCGAAGUCGCGACCGGCUGCCGGAUCCUGACAUCGAGGAGAUUCAGCGGGACGAACGGCCGCGCGACAGAAGAGACCGCGACCGGGAUCGCGAUCGCGACCGGGAUCGCAAGAGGCGGCGAUCGAGGAGCAAUGAUCGCGAUCGCGACCGGGAUCGUAAGCGGGACAAGCGUGACAGGGAUCGUGAUCGUAGGGACAGGAAGGAUCGCGGCGAUCGUCAGGACGAGGACACGAAAGAGAUCCGAAUUAAGGAAGAGCCUAUGGACGAUUAUCCAGACUAUAGCAACACGUUCCCGACGUCAGGUCCGUACUUUACCGCCGUGAAGUAUGAGGAUGAUAACGAUCAAGAGGUGGAGGAAAAAUACCGGAUUCCGGAAGGUCGACCCGACCCGCCUCCGUACAACAAUUACGAUUCCGUACAAGAUUAUUGAUCUCGGCAAUACGUGUUUUUGCCGUGUCCCGUUUCUUUUUUCUACUGUAUAUGAUAAGCUGUCGUAUUAUUAUCAUGUUGUUUCUCCUAUUCUAAGAUAAUUAGCUCUUAAGGUGGCAGAGAAAACGCCUGGAAGAAUUAAUGACACUGAUCAAACCGCCGCGAAAUGUCCGCGGUGUUUGCUUCGAUACAAGUCCACGUUUAUGCUGA